AAAGAUUUUCGAAGAUUUGACUAUAUUCGAACAACGAAUCUCAUGUCAUUCGUUACCAAAAACAUUUGAUGACAUUCCAAUAGUUACAUAUCAAAAUUUAUUUGGAAAUGAAGCUAAUAAAAUUAUGCAAGAAUUGAAACGUCGAGAAUUUAAUGAUCAGCUGAAAAAAUAUGAACUAGAAUUUCAACAUUAUAAAGAUUUGUAUCAAACAGAAAUCAAUAUAUAUUUGAAUUCGAUGUUUAUCCACAAGCGUCCACAAGUCAUUGUCGACGCUCGUAAAAUAUCAUUGAAUCGACUCCAAUUAGAUUAUCUUUCCAAAAGUGGUACACAGAUACCUUUCUUUUAUAGUAUUAUCUCAAUUGCUAAUUUAUUCUUAUCUAUUCAUGUUCUGAAAUGUUUUCUAUUUCACGGACCUAACUAUAUCAGAUCAAAUUAA